ACCGACAUCUGGUGUCUUAAACACCAUGUGAUCCAUACAUGUGUUGAACAAUACCUUUAAAUUUUUAUCUGAAAUUAUGGAUAAACAUCGCCAACAAAGCAGAAGUAGUCACCAUCACCACCGCAAAGACAAACAAAGUAAACAUAAUCAUCAUCUGUUAGAUGAUAACCAACACACCAGCGAUGAUGGCUGCCAUCGAUUGCCGACAACAAGUAGUAGAAGAAGUAAACAACAAGACAUUGAUGAUGAAGAAGACAACAAACAACAAGACAGCAGUGAUGAUGACAAUCAAAAACAAGACACGGAUGACGAUGACAACGAUGAUGAUAAUGAAGAGGACAGCAGCAGCGAUGCUGAUGGCGAAGAAGAUACCGAAGACAAUGACGAUGAUGAAGACUACAACAACAAGAUAGCAGUCUGUAUGUGGGAUCUGAAACAUUGUAAUCCUAAACGAUGUACGGGAAGAAAGUUGGUCCGUAUGUCGAUGUGCCGGCUGUUACGUCUGGGCCAACGUUUCGAUGGUAUCAUAUUGAGUCCGAUGGCCACCAAAUGUGUUUCACCGGAAGAUCGACCGAUUGUCCAACGAUCGGGUAUAGCUGUUGUCGAUUGUUCGUGGAAUCGUUUAGCUGAUACACCGUUUCAUAAAAUGAAAGGUCCGUACCUCCGGCUACUACCCUAUUUGUUGGCCUCAAAUCCCGUAAACUAUGGAACCGUUUCGAAGUUAUCGUGUGUCGAAGCCGUUGCUUCGACAUUGAUUAUCACUGGUUUUCAAUCCCAGGCCGACAGAUAUCUAUCGAAAUUUAAAUGGUCGACAGCUUUCGGCCAAUUGAAUCAAUGGUUGUUCGAUAAGUAUAGCCAAUGUCUGGACAGUAAGCAGAUGGUGGCCGCACAGCAACAGAUCAUUGAACAGUUGAACAAUAAUGAUGAUGAAAGUGAUGGUCAUUAUCAUAGGAAAACUGAUUUACCGCCGAGUGAUGACAGCAGCGAUGGUGACGCUGUUGAUGAUGAUAAUGAUGGACACAAUAAUAUUGUCGAUAAUAAUAAUGAUAAAAGUGAUGAUAAAAAUGUCGAUAAAUUAUUAAUAAUUCAAUCAUUAAAU